GUAUGUCAAAGUAAGAUCUUGGAAAUAAAAUAAUUGUUGUUCGUAAAUAAAACCAUGUGCUCACAAAAAAUAGAAUCAUCUGAGAAUCAUAUGGACUACUUUAAUAUUACAUUGUAAAAUAUUGAACAAUUACUUUACUUUGUUGAAUAAGAGUAUUACCAUUUCUUAUUUUACACCAUGGCGAACAUGUUAAAAGAAAUAUAUGAAAAGUCAGGAGAAUAUACUGCCUUCUAUACUGGCGGAGAUAUUCAGUGGUCACAAGAUGGUGUCUGUUUACUUUGUCAAUGUGAUGAUGUUAUCAAAAUCAUUGAUAUCAAUACACUGUCAACAAAUCUCAUCAUUGGAGACCCUGAAGAAGAUGCAGAGAGUGACCAAAUUUACACAUUCCAAAUGUCCCAUGACAAUGAAGUUAUUGUGUCUGCACAUAAAAGUGGACUCAUGAAACUGUGGGAUCGAACAACAGGUAAACAAGUAAAGGUUUGGAGAUCUGGCCACAAAGGGCCAGUAGCUAGACUAGCAUUUGAUUCAAGCAAUGAUUGCCUUGCAUCAGGAGGAUCUGAUGGAAAUAUUAGACUGUGGGAUUUGGCUCAUCAUACCUGUACCAGCAGUUUAAGAGGUGCUAUGGGAGUUUUCACUGUCUUGAUAUAUCACCCAAACCCGUCUAAGGAAUUGAUUUUUGGAGCAGCUGAUGAUACAAAAAUAAGGUCUUGGAAUUCAAAAAAUGGGAAGGAAAGUGUAAUAUACUCUGGGCAUUUUAGCAAAGUGACCUCUCUGCAGUUUACUGCAGAUGGUGAACAUAUGGUAAGUUCAGGCAGGGAUAGAGUUCUAAUUCUUUGGAAAUUAAGUGAAAGCAAAGCUCUGAGAGUGAUACCUGUCUAUGAGAGUAUUGAAUCAAUUGUACUUUUACCACAGUCUUUUAAAAUACCACAUUUUUCAAAAAAAGUUGAAACUGAUGGUAUUUAUGUUGCAUGUGCAGGAGAAAAAGGGGUAGUUAAAGUUUGGAAUAUGUAUAUGAGUCGUUUGAUGUAUGAACAAAAUAAUAGCUUGGUGUCUCCUGCAGCUGAAGAGGGUGGCCUUGCUGUAACACACUUAUUGUACAAUGAUGCUCGGAAUAUGCUAUCAGUUGUCACAGUUGAUCAUAAUAUAAUUGUACAUGACCUGGAAUCCUUUGGCUGUGUGAAGCAAAUGAUUGGUUUUACGGAUGAAAUUUUAGAUAUAAUAUUUGUUGGUAAAGAGGAAACACAUAUUGUUGUUGCUACCAACAGUAGGGAUUUAAAGUAUUAUGAGUUGGAAAGCAUGAAUUGCCAAAUAUUGAAAGGCCAUACUGAUAUUGUUUUAUCUAUGGCUGGAUUUCCUACUAAACCUGAAAUGUUUGUAUCUUCUGCUAAAGAUAAUUCUGUUAGAAUUUGGAUUCAAGAUGCAAAUAAAGUUAUCACAUGCAUUGGUGUUGGAACAAGGCAUACCGCAUCAGUGGGUUCCGUACACACUUCUCAGACUUCUUGUAAUUUUUUUACAUCAGUGAGCCAAGAUAAUUGUUUAAAAGUUUGGACCAUGCCAAAAGAUUUUGAUGAUAAUGAGCAACAAAUAAAAUCAAGCUAUACUGAGUUGGCACACAAUAUGGAUAUCAAUUGUGUUGCCAUUUCACCAAAUGACAAAAUUAUUGUUACGGGUUCUCAAGACAAGACCGCUAAGUUAUGGACAGAAGAUUUAUCAUUAUUAGGUAUUCUUAAAGGUCAUAGAAGAGGAGUGUGGUGUGCUAAAUUCUCCCCUGUUGAUCAAGUUAUUAUGACCUCUUCUGCAGACUGUUCUAUUAAGUUAUGGUCAGUUGUGGACUUGAGUUGCUUAAAAACAUUUGAGGGUCAUGAAAGUUCAGUUUUAAAAGUGGAGUUUCUUAGUAGAGGCCAACAAAUUAUUUCAAGUGGUGCUGAUGGACUAUUAAAAUUAUGGAAUAUUAAGUCUUCUGAUUGCAAAAUGUCAUUAGAUAAUCAUGAUGGAAAAAUCUGGUCUUUAGCUGUUAAAAAAGAUGAAUCAGUGCUUAUAACAGGAGGGUCUGAUUCAAAGUUAGUAAUAUUGAAAGAUGUGACUACAGAGCGAAGGGAUCAGCUGGCUAAGGAAAGAGAACAGCAGAUCUUGCAAGAACAAGAGUUAAAUAAUUUAUUACAUGAUAGAAAAAUGGUAAAAGCCCUGAAACUAGCGUUGCGAAUGGAUAGGCCCCUACAUGUUUUGAAAAUUGUCAAUGAAGUCCUGAAAACAGGAACUGAUAAACUAUAUGAAACUCUUAAAGAAAUUAAUAACACCCAAAAAGAAACAUUACUGAAGUUUGCUGCAGAAUGGAACACAAAUAAUAAAAACUGUCAUGCUGCACAAAUCGUUUUUAAUAUCUUAGCGCCAGAAAUAAUAUCCGGAAACUUGAAAUUACCAGCUUUAGCCAGUUUUAUUGAAGGUGCAUUACCUUACAGUGAAAGACAUUUUGAAAGAUUAACUAAUUUGUUGCAGGAUUUAAAUUUUAUUACUUACACUGUAAACUGUAUGCAACCUCACUCUAUUAAGAACUAAUAAAAUUUUAAGAUGAU